GGCCACAGAAAUAGCCUCUUUCCCACGAGAAGAACAAUGGGCCUAAUUUUUUUGGCGCAAAUUUGCAGGCUUGUAAACAAAACUUUGGAAUCGCAAUAUAUGUGAAAUAAUGUCGAGAAGACACAUGAUCUAGAUAUUGUUAUCAUCGAAAAGCAGCGGAAUCUCGUCAGCCUAUCAAUCUGGUAGCUAAGACAGACUGGAAAUGUGUUUGGGCUCAAAUAGCAGACGCCAAACCAGAUGAAGAACAAUUCUGUCCCGAUGCUCUGACUAGGGUGUCCAUUAUUAUACAGAAAAUCCAGGAGGAUAUUUAUACCAAAAGACGUACAUUUUGGACAUGGAAAUAAGCAUCAAUAUCCUCAUUCAUCGCUACUUAAAAGACAACCAAUUCAACAGAGCUGCAAGAGAGUUUGAGCAUGAAUGCAAAUACUUCAAAAAAGUUGACAUGUCUACUCCAGAAAAUGGACAGGAGUUCCUGAUGCCAAAAUUGCAGAAUAUCAUCCUAGAAUACUGUGCCUUGAAAAAAGCUGAAUAUGAAAUGCAAAAAGGCCAGUUUCAAUCUAUCAAUUCGCUGUGGCAACAAUUUGAUUCAUUGAUUACACAGAUCAAAUUUUUGACUGUUGGAAGACAGCCAAAGACCUUAACAAACCGACCAUCAUCUGCAACGUCGUACAAACGAGUUCUGGCUGCUGUUGCGUCACAAAUUCAAGUCAACGAUGGACAGAUGCAGCCGCCUCAUAACGUUCCGCCAUCGAUGACAGGAAGGCCAUUAGUUGAACCUUUGCAAGAUUUUGGAAGCAUUUCAGCCUCUCAAAAGACCUGUGCUUCUCCUGAGUAUAACAGCAGUGGUCAGCCAAACGUACAUAAUUUACCUGUUGCUGAGGAACAUCAUCUGAAAUCACCAAAAAGGAAAAGAAUACGACCAAGGAAAUUAGACAGUAACGAAUCUAAAGACCAAAGAUCAGAGCCUGUCUCUUCCUGUAAGAAAAUACAGGAAAGUGUAGACGUCUCUCAAAACGUUCCACUUCAUGGUGAACUCAAUGCAAUCUUCGACACCCUCCUCAACUCACGAAGCCUUCAAGAAAAGAUAGCUAACAACAUCAAUAAAGUUGCAACAGGUGCACACCUGCUUUCCACACGUGUUGAUGAGGGUAGUUGCACCGAAAACACACAUUCAACUAUCAAUGUGGAAGAGGUUUUAAAUAUGACACGAUCAGAUCCAUCUUUUGAGUCGCUGUUUUCAGUUCUUGACGAUUUGGAUAUAAGCCCCUCUGCGAUGCAGACGCCAGUAAAGAUGGCGGGUGUGCCAAUCCAUUGUUCGCAGUUCCCGGAAUUUCAACCAAUCGCGGAUGGAGGAUUUGAGUCAGAUCGUUUCGACAAUGCGGCUGCUCAGCUACUUUCCAGAACAAAUGAUGCGCCUCCUUCCCUGAAUUUUUGUGAAAAUGGACAACUCGAAGAUUUUACAAACGUUUCCAAUAUGGAUGAUCAGAAGAAAACCGGUCCUGCAGCAAAAAGCGAGGUUUUGCAAGGAAAAGAGAUAAAUCUCGAAAACCAGGUUGGCAGCUCUUUGUGCAAUUUAUACAUCAAGCAAACAAGACGCACCUCGAGGAAGAAAUCGAAGCUGAAAAAGCAGCCUCCUGGCAAAAGUAAAUUGCAAGCAGAUGGAAAGGCGAAAUGUAUCAUUCUUUCGGGUGCUGGGUCUGUGUCAAACACGAAUAAUCGUGAUAUCUGGAAGAGUGAUUUUGUUCCUAAUUUACUACAAAGAAACCUUGUGUUUGCGGCACCAAAAGAUGACGUCAUUUCAUCUUCUGAUAAAGAAUUACCAAAAGGUAGCGAUCAAGAACCAAUCAAGAGCAAGGAAAAUACGAAAGCCAGGACACGCAGAGUUGAUAUUGCCGAAGAUAAAGGGUUCCUGUUGGAUGGGUCUGAGGGAUUUUCUUCCAGUAAGGAUCGCAGUGUAUCAACUCAAUCAAAAAAGAGUACCCAGGGAAGAAUUGAGUCAAUUACAAAUUCACAAGAGUUUGGAUCUGCAGCAUACGAUGCCCAACCCCAUGAAAAUUUGACAUACCUUCAAGAGCCAGGGUUGCUUGUAUCAGCUGAAAGUGAAUCAUUUGUGAAUAAGAGUUUGUUUAAUGGUGAUCUGGAAAGUAGUGAACCUAUGCAGAAAACCCCUGGAGAAUGCCGUACCGAACCGAAUAAGGCUUUAGGCCCAAAUAAGAAACAAAAUUUGAACGCACCUGCUAUACAAGAGGACGAUUCUGCUUUUGGUGAUAAUUUUUCGAAUCGAUCCAAUGGAGGGCAGCAAUGUUUUACAGGGAGUCUGCCUAUGAACCAGACAAAGAAGCAUUCGUGUGCAUCGCCAGCUUCAAACAUUUUUGAAAAGAUUAAUGAUUUGAGUAUAAUAAAUAACCACGCGAAAAGGAACGAUCCACAAAUAGUUAGCAAAGAGGUACAUGCUAAAGAAAAGUUUGAUGUUACUAAUGAUACUGCAAUCGACGAUGUGUCCAGCGAAGAUUAUCGUCGUCUGGUUGGAGAAAAAUGCUUAAAGAGUGGGGUGGCUACGUCGUGUAGUAGUACUGUGCAGAAUGCUGAGAACGUCGCCAGUAUUCCAGAAUUAAAAAAAGAAAAGAAACCAAAAACUCGAUCGUCUUCAAGAAAUUCAAGGAAAAAUUCAAUAAAGUCGUCAACAGCCAAAGAUUUAGAAAAUUCAUCAACCCUUAGUGGAACUUCCGAAAACUUUGAGAAUAGUAGCGAGAUUUUGUUAAAUUCUGAGAAACAAAAAGGCAGUUUGGCCACUCAAUUACAGACAAGAAGUGAAAGCAGCCUCCCUGAUUCUUUAACAAUUGAACAGCAAAAAAGUUUGUCAACAGAUGCUAAUUAUAUCGGUUCAAGAGAAGAUUGUUCAAGUAUUGAAAGAGGUCUAGUUUUUGAGAGUCGUAAAGACGAGGCUGGUCCUUCAACUGGAGAAUUUGUCAGUGCUCCGUCUGGAGAUGAGGCUGGUCAAGAUCAUUACAUUAAUGUUGAUGUUAUAUUCGAAAAUACUAAUGAAGGAACAGUAGCGUUGAUCAGACCGGUUGAAGUAAAUGGGAUUGAGCAAGGGCUACAGCCAUAUUUUGUUAUUGAAGAGUUGUCUGAGAAUCAGAUGGUUUGUUCUGAUGUACUUAAAGAUGGGCAUCCUAUACUAAUUAAUGAGCGAGCCUUUCUUGAAGGUUCAAGCGCUUGUGUAGAGGAUACAUGUGGAGCUAAAACAGCUAUGGAAAACAUAGAAACAGCAAGGGUCGAUGAAUUUAAAGAAAAGACAGAGUUGGGCUGUAGAACUUUAGAUGCAGAUGCUAGUAGUCCAGAAAAGGGCGAGGCAACAGCUUCAGUUGACAAAGAGAGGCUAUGUGUUGACGGUAAAAAUACGUUCAUUGGAGAGAAGCCCCUACCAUCUGCACAGAGUAAGAGUGUUGCCCCUGCAUUAGAUCAUAGCAAGACCCCAAAAGACAGAAGCCAAAACUGUUUUGAUUAUAACGACAGUCAGAGUCAACUAGAACCUUCGGUAAGCGGCACCAAAAGCAAUAACACCACUUCUAACGAGAUCAGUGAUCAGGGACACGAGACUUCUGAGCGAAUCAAAAGUCAAAUUCUCUUUCUGAGCUUGCAAGCAGAUGAAGAAGUUAAGGUGGAUGCAGCUAACAAAGGUGGUAAACCGCUUAAGGAAAAGGAUGCUCAGAUUGUAGUACGUACAAAUGAGAACUCUUUAGGAGAAUUAGGUUUUAAAGUCACUUCGAGUGAGGUACUAACGGAGGAAUCUAUGAAGUCUAAUCUUUCAUCCCGCUUGAUUGAGAGAAGUCUAACUAACGAAAAUAACGUUGUUGUUUACUUGUCGGAUGAGAGCAGCAAUGCUUUGGACACUAAGGGCUCGUACCCCAGACUGGGAUCGUCGAAUUGUUCGCAACGUGUAUCACCGCGCGCAUUAGAAAAGAACAAUAUUAUGUCAGUAUGUAAUGCUUUAAGUACAAGUUUGGAACACCAGGGAAAAGUGGAAACCGUGUCUCCUUACCAAAGAACGGCUUCAUAUAAGAGAAUUGACCCUUUCAAGCGAACUGGAAGUUCCGGAGAGAGAAUAAGCGAACCAUUUCAUAGUCAGGCUGGAAGUGGCUCAUUAAGACAACAACAAGAGUUGGCUUCCAUCAAUACUACAGACGUCAUCACAUCAGAAGACGAAUACGAAAUUGGAACAAGAGAAAUGUCGCGAAUUCUCAAUCUUUCUAAUGACAAUAAGAAUUUAGAGCAGAGAAGCAGCAAAGCAAGGAAAAACACAACACCCAGAAAGAGAAAACGGCCACAACAAUAUGAAAAUGAUUCCACUCUUCAUAAAGAGAAAGUCAAGGAAGAAGAAGCUGUUUCCCUGCCCGCUGAUGUCCUAAAGGGACUGAAUGUUGAUCAAUUUCUUUCCAAGCUUCAAUAUUCCAGUAAGUGAGAUACCGGAUAUUAGAAUCGCUGUAGUUCUAUGCCACUGCGUGGCAGAAGAGUUAUAAUUUGCUGUAUUACUUGACCCUGUUACAGUGUUUUGUCUAAAACAAAGCUGGCAAGCUUUAAUACAUGAACACCCGCACCAUUCAAUUGUGUGUGGAUUCCAGCGUUGUUUAUUAAUGUAAAUACAUGGUUGAAACUUCUUUCGUUGCUAGUUUAGCGUCAAUGCCGUUACGUUAGUUUCAAGACCGGGUGAUUGUUAAGCUAUUAGAAUAUGUCGCGUAAUUUGUGAAUAAUUGUUUAAUUAAUCCAUAGUCAAUCGGUGAUUAACUUUUUCAUCUACACUUACCUGGAGAACUUGUUUUUAGGUAAUAUAGUAUGUUUAAUAUGGA